GUGUAUGGCUACUGGAUCCUGUCCCACGAAUUCUGUGUCGUCUGGGCUUCCUUUGACGUCAUGCUGUGUAGUGCUUCCGUCCUGAACGUCUGUGCCAUCAGCUUUGACCGCUACCUGGCCAUCAUCUCUCCCCUACGCUACAAAUCCUUGAUGACCUUCAGGAGAGCCCUAAUUCUCCUGACCAUUUUGUGGACUGUUUCAGUGCUCAGUUCCUUCGUCCCAAUCACCAACGGCUGGCACAAUUCACAAAUCAAUAGUCUGUUUAACCUCACCAUGAUGACACCGGAACCUCAAUGCGUCCUAACAGUUAGUCUUCCGUAUGCCGUCCUGGCAGGAUCAAUAACCAUCAUGAUACCAAUCAUCAUAGCUCUGGUGUUUUAUUUUAAAGUUUCCGAGGAAGCCAAGCGGCAGUCGUUGUUUGUCAGGACUCUCAUAGCCCCAAGUCGGGUCUUGCUAGGUCAGGACGUUACCUCCAAAAGUCUCAGAGAACCUUUCACCAGAAAAUCCACAAUAACCCUCGGGGUCAUCGUUGGAGCCUACGUGGUCACUUGGACUCCUUUUCUGAUUGCCAACGUGGUUGAAUCCUACUGCAAAUGUAUAAACUCGAAACUUUUCACGUCCAUCGUGUGGCUGGGCUACUGCAACAGUCUUAUCAACCCUAUCAUUUAUCCACUCCUGAUGAGGGAUUUCAGGAAGGUUUACAUGAAAAUGCUGCUCUCGUGCUGUCCUCGGCUAAAACUUCUAAGGCAGACAUCGAGAGACAUCGCAAACAGAGGGUUCGAAAAAUCAUUUACAACACGAUAUUCCAAUUCGGGCAUGAAAACAGACAACGUGUGA